AUGCUCACACUCCGGGCUCCUCUCGCCCGGGCGUCAACAACUCUCGACAAAUCACUGUUUUCUAAAACCCUGAACCUCGCUGCCGCCACUGUCCAUGAGAAUCGGAAUAUCGCACGGUAUCGCAAGCAGCUCGAGAAGGGGAAGGAGCUCCUAAAUUGGGAUCGGCUAGACGCCAUUCGCCCAGAUCCCGUGGCCCCGGGCAAAAAAUGUCUCCUCCUGAACCCCGGCACCAAGGUGGAUGUUCCCUCAACUUGGGGACCCGUAUUGCGGGAAGGUGUUGAUCUGAAAGACUUGGCCGUGGUACCGUAUGACGUUCAUCUCGACUAUGAGUAUUGGACCUACCUGGAUGUUGUGUCGUCCAUAAUCCCGGAGGACAUGCACCAUGAGAUUCCCGUGGGCUUCAACACAGCUGGGCAUGUCGCUCACCUGAAUCUCAGGGACCGAUAUCUCCCCUACAAGAGUAUCAUUGCACAAGUCAUACUGGACAAGAACCCCAAAAUUCGGACAGUGAUCAACAAAACGGACAACGUCGGUACUGAGUCUCAGUUCCGUACCUUUGCCUACGAGGUCCUUGCAGGCCCCGACGACAUGGACGUCGAGGUCAAGGAGAACGACUGCACGUUCGCAUUUGAUUACUCCAAGGUGUACUGGAACAGCAAGCUCGAAACCGAGCACUCGAGACUCGUUAAAAUGUUCCAACCGGGGGAGGUAGUUUGCGAUGUCAUGGCAGGGAUCGGGCCUUUUGCCGUCCCUUCUGGCAAAAGGGGGGUAUUCGUCUUCGCCAACGACAUGAACCCAGAGAGCCAUCGGUAUCUCGAGAAGGCCAUCAAAAGAAACAAGGUUGAUCAAUAUGUGCGAGCGUUCAACAAAGAUGGCCUAGAUUUUAUCCAAGAGGCCAGUCGCCUCGUCUACGACGCAUCAGUUCGAGGAGACAGCGCCGUUAUCCAGCCCAAGGUUUCCCGGAGCAAGUCAGCCGGUCAGCAGCCCCCAGAGCCCAAGCGAAUCCCCCUUCCGCCGACCAUCUCCCACUUCGUCAUGAACCUCCCGGCUUCGGCCAUCGAAUUUCUCCAUCGCUUCCGGGGCAUCUACCAUGGACUAGCGCACCUAUUCGAGCCACAUACUGAUGUCAAACUGCCCAUGGUACACGUCCACUGCUUCGCCGUUAAGAGCGACGACGAAGUGCCUCUCAACGACAUUUGCCAGAGGAUUUUUGACCAGAUCGGCGUUCGCUUUGUACCGGGAGAUGCGCAGAACAAGGGCGAGGUUCAUAUCCAUAACGUACGCGACGUCGCACCGAAAAAGCGCAUGUUCUGCGCUUCCUUCCGCCUACCCCCCGAGGUUGCCUUUAGCGAAACGACCUGA